GUUAACAGGUGCACACUGCAGCAGUCUGUGUGAAGAAGGACGGUGGGGCCCAAACUGUUUGCUGCAGUGUGAUUGUAAGAAUGGGGCCUCUUGCUCCCCAGAUAAAGGAACCUGUGAGUGUUUACCAGGAUACAGGGGCACCUUCUGUCACAGAAUCUGCUCACCAGGUUACUUUGGUCAUCGCUGCAGUCAAACCUGUCCACAAUGUGUCCACAGUAAAGAACCAUGUCAUCACAUCACAGGGCAGUGCCAAUGUCUGCCUGGCUUCAAAGGACUGCUGUGUAAUGAGGUUGGCGAAGUUGUGACUGAAAGGUUCAACAACUUGACCAGCGAAGCUGAACAUGUGAACCUCUACCAAAUAGGAGUCAUUGCAGGCAUCAUUGUUCUAGUUUUCCUGGUGCUUCUUCUCCUGUUCCUCUUCAUCAUCUAUAGACAUAAACACAGGAGCAAAGAGAGCCCCAUGCCCGCUGUAACUUACACUCCUGCUAGCGGGGUCACGCCUACUUAUGCAUUGACAGAGGCUCACACUCCAUCAUAUGAGACCCACCCAAGCAACUAUUUUUCCAACCCAAGUUACCAUACCCUUACACCGUGCAUCAGCCUGCGACAGGCCAGCAGUGAUCAGUAUGGAAAGCUCUGCAGCCCUCUGUUUCCUGACAUGGAGGGUGUGGAUCUGGGUGUUCAUUCUGCAGCAAAGCUGAGAAACUGGAACCGAGACGCCGCCUUCCCUGAGCUGGGAGCAUGUGGAGUCGACAUGAAUGCUAUUCGGGACAUGGUGAAAACUGCAGACUAUCUUUCAAGCUCAUAUUCACUCGCCAGCUCUGAAAACCCAUAUGCUACCAUAAAGGACCCUCCCCUGCCAACAUCUACAAACACAGAAUGUAGCUACAUGGAAAUGAAACCCCCCACCAGGAGGGAUUCCAGCUAUGCAGAGAUUAGCAACAGCCAGAGGGUUGAUGAAGCAGACAUGAGCACAGAAACCUUCCCAUCCUCUGGAGCAGCGUUUGAGCAUCAGCAGCUGGGGGAGGAGCUAUUUGACCAAGCAAAAAACAGCUCCUGUGAUUAUGACUUGCUGCCACCUAGAAAAGACAAUUAUCCAUCAGAGUGGAAGGAGGUGGAUCGUGAUUAAAGAGACAGAAACUCUGAACUAAGACCAGCUUUUAAUAUCUUUGCCUUUAACAAUAAUUGGUCAAUAUAGGGUACAGUUAAUACCCUGGUAAUAUUUCUCUUAUGUUUAAUAUCUCUAUAUUCUUUAUAUAAAGCAGUGCUGAUUGAUGUUUUAGCCUGUAGUACAUGAAGGCUGUUUAUUCCCAUUGUUACCAAAGAUUCACUCUAAAAGAAAUAAGAGUUUUGUUUAAUCAUGGGUAGUCUCAACUAGUGUUGCACCGAUACCAGUAUGGGGCGGGGCCCCCGAUC